UGCACACCUUCCUUACCCUACCCCCACCCUGCAGAAAAUGGAGGGAUGAACUGUUGAUGUCCGGUCGUCCAGCUGACUGAAGCGUGAUGUGGCCGUUUCAAGCUGGCUGAGGUUGUGCGUGUACAUAUAUUACAACCUCGUUUGUGUUGUGAUGUUGUCUGUUUUUUAGGCUGCAGGGGUUUAACUAAAUCCUGCCUGUAUAUAAUUCCCCCCCCACACACACAAACACACACUUUCUCUGUCACCCUCAUGACUGCCCAUCAGCCACGAGAUGGAAUUCAUUGUCAGUACUGUACAAAGUAAGAAAUGGUGGACUUCGAUACUGUUUUUGUAAUGAAAGUGAAAGAUGUAAAAAAAAAAAAAAAAGCAAGAAAAGCUGUACAUACUUUAAAACCUUAUGAGCAGAGCAAUGAUUUUCUGCUGCUUGUUUCCCCUCUUGUUUCAUUGGAUAUUUGCUGUAUCUGUAAAAACUACAAACUACUGUGCUCCUUGUAAAAGGUACAGUACGGGGUGUAGUAGGUCACAAGCACCAAUGCGCCUUUUUCUGUGUAUUUUUGACAAGGUUUUAGGUAGGGAGGGGCUAUUGCAACAAGUCACACACCUGAUCUUAAAACUUAGAGACGUGAAGCCGCACGGAGUAGAACUGAGACGGGUUGGUUAGAGGUGUGAUCGGAAAGAGUUUAAAUUUGGUCAUUUAGCUUUUUAUGGAGAGGACUGAAGACACAAUAUUCACAUGCUCACUAUUUUUCUCAAAAGGUUGGGCUUGCUGGGUAUGGGGGAAGGGGACGUAUCAGAACCAGGUGGCAAUAUAUCUUGAGACUUAUUUUAUAAGAAAAAAACAAGAAAAAACUGUCUUUUAUAUAUAGAUAUAUUAUUUAAUUUUAUUUUUUGGAAAUAAAACUUGAAGCUACAGGAAUUAUUAGAUAAAACAUGUUUUGUUUUGUAUUAAAGAUGUUAUGGUGAUGCAAAAAGACACUGCAGACAGUCGUUCAGUUUGCCCCCGGGAGGCCACGGAGUAUAUUAUACCAUCCUUUUUAAGAAAUCUUUCAUGUACAUGAAUAUAGUUGUAAACAUACUGAAUCACUGUACAAACUGAUGGCAACUGAACAAAUAGUUUUGUUUUUAUUCAUGGCUUCUCCGAAAAA